UGAGCUCUUCCGUUGUCCUUUACCUGCCUCCCUCUACAAAUACCCUAAAUCACAUACUCACACUUCGCCUUCAAGAGUGCUUCCUCGCAUUCUCUUUCUCUACCUUCAUACGCUCCCAUGGACUCACCCCCCACUUCUCCAGAGCAGCAGUCCACGAACACAGAGGAAGUCUCCAACGAAGGCCACAACACCAAAAUCAUAACUUUCGACUCCACCCACCUCCGCAACCAAGCUUCAAUACCAUGCCAGUUUUUCUGGCCACAGACAGACAAAUCCAGCUCAUGUAAAGAGCUUAAAGCCCCCAUCAUCGACCUCGCCGGCCUCCUGAAUGGCGACGAAGAAUCCACAAACAUAGCCGUCGAUCUAGCCUACUCUGCUUGCACAGACCAUGGCUUCUUCCAAGUUAUAAAUCAUGGCGUGGACCCUUCCCUCUUGCAAGAUGCCCUGAAUUGCAUUGAUGAGUUCUUUAAGCUCCCUCUUGCUGUCAAAUUAAAGGCCAGAAGAAAGGAGCAGGGCAAGUGGGGCUAUGCCGGGGCUCAUUCUGAUCGUUUCAGUGACAAGCUGCCAUGGAAGGAAACUCUUUCUUUUGGCUACGAUAGUGUAUCCUCACACUCCGCCAUCGUUGACCAUCUAACCUCUACUUUGGGGGACGGCUUCAAGGAAAUGGGAUACAUAUAUACAUAUAUAUAUAAAGCAAUGACAAAACUUUCACUUUCCAUUAUGGAGCUGCUGGGAAUAAGCCUGGGGCUUGAUCGCCGGCACUACCCGGAGUUCUUCGCCGAUAGCAACAAUAUAUUGAGGUGCAAUUACUACCCUCCAUGCCAGGAGCCAGAGCUCACCUUCGGUACAGGCCCGCAUUGCGACCCCACAUCCCUAACAAUCCUUCUGCAGCAAGACGAAGUUGAUGGACUCCAGGUUUUCUCUGACGGCGAGUGGCGCGUGGUCACACCGGUACCCGGCGCACUUGUCGUCAACAUCGGCGACACCUUCAUGGCACUAACGAACGGUAGAUAUAAGAGCUGCUUGCACAGAGCAGUGGUGAACAAAGUGAGAGAAAGGAGGUCGCUUGUCUUCUUUCUAUGUCCGACAGAAAGCAGGGUGGUAAGUCCGCCCGAAUGCCUUGUGGACGAAGAACAUCCGAGGAAGUACCCCGACUUCACGUGGGCGGAGUUAUUCGACUUCACGCAGACUCAUUAUAGAGCCGACAUGCGAACCCUACAAGCCUUUGCCAACUGGCGUAUCACCCCCUCCACUCCUUAUAGCUCUUCAUCCCGCAUCCGCCAUGGCUGAACUUGUCGUCUUCAGCAUAUAUGAUGAUUAGAUUCCGGUGCUUUAAUUUGAUGCCCUCACGUCUAAUCUGUGCAUACUUUCAGGUUUUAAUCAUGGGAAAUGUUGUACUCAUUCAAGGUUUUUUCUUAAUGCUGGAUAAAAGCGUUGGAAAUAUGAAAAAGGGUCCAUUUUAGUAUGUAUUUUGGAUUCAUUGGUCUACAAAAUAUGUGCGUGUGAGGCAUAUGAUGUUCAGGUGGGCAGGAUGUGUGGUGGUUUCAUUUUAUGUACUGUUUUUUUUUUUCUUUUGGUAAUUAUGUAAAUGUAUAUACAUACGCAUGUGAAUCAGGGAAGGUUUGCUUUUUAUUAAGGGGAGAA